CAGAGGGCCGCGCUCGCGGCGGCGGAGGCCGCACAGGGAGCCCGCCGCCCCGGCGUUGCCCGCCUCGGCAGACCCAGGCGCGGCGCGCCCAGGGCCGGGCGCUUUGCAGGCGCACGGCCCCCUUCGCGGGCAGGACGAGGACUCCGGCAGGCCCUCGGUCCACUCGUCGAGGCUGUUCGGCGGGGCGGGCCACGUCGUCGACGCGCGGAAGCUCAGGAGCCUCGGCCAGAGGGAGAGGUGGCUCAUCGAGUCGGGCGAGGUGGCCAUCACGUCAGAGGUCUUGGGGGAGGGCGGCUUCGGCGUGGUGGCCCGCGGGCUCUACCAAGGCAUCGAGGUCGCGGUCAAGGCGCCCAAGCAGGACAUCGAGGAUGGCGUGGACGGCGACAGGGUCUGGGCGCUGUGCAACGAACUGCGAAUCCUCAGGCACGUGCGGCAUCCGAACAUCGUCUUCCUGUAUGGUGCCGUAUUGGACAUCGCGGAGGGCCGCGCCAGGAUGUGGUUGGUAAUGGAGCUCGUCUCUGGAUGCGUGCUGGGCAAGUUCAUGCGCAAGCCGACGGUGCUUGGCGACAGCCUGGUCCGCGCAUCGCUGCUGUCGGACGUGGCCAGGGCCCUGCGAUACCUGCACGAGCAGAAGCCGCCCGUGGUGCACGGAGACCUGAAGGACUCCAACAUCUUCGUCCAGCAGGUCGACUCCGUUUCUGGGUGGCGCGCCAAGCUGCUGGAUUUCGGCCUCGCACGCCACGUCUCGCCGAGCAGCCGGCACAUGGGCGGCACCCUGCGGUGGAUGGCGCCGGAGAUUAUCUUGGGCGCCCGCUUCCCGAACGAGGCGGUGGACGUGUUUUCCUUCGGGCGCGUGAUCUUCUUCGUGGCCACCGGGAGAUUACCAUUCCAGGAUGUGCAUCGUAAGGAGCUGCGUAGCUUCUUGGCCUCGUCGCCUGUCUUGCAGUGGCCGAGCGCGGCGAGUGGCUCCUUUGAGAGUUCCUGCCGCGCCUUGUCAGAGGAGUGCUGUCAGAUGAUAUUCGAGUCGCGCCCAACCAUGCCUGAUGUCUACCAGCGCCUAACCGUCUUCGCAGAGCUGUGGAGAACAUUGGGUGCCUCUCAUGGCCCGCCACAGGGGUCGAGCUCGCGCGAUCAGGCGGAGGCUGUUCCCGAGAAAGGCCGGGCCUCGACGGAUGUGCGCCGUGCUCCCACCAAGCAGCAUCAUGCCGCGGAUGCUGGCUCUGGCAAGCAAGCGCAGAGGCUGGCGGUCCCAUCUUGCGCCGCCACCAACAGCGCCACCAUCCACAACCUGAUCUUGGAAACCAUGCUGCGGUUCAACUUUGUGAUGCCUGCAGAAUCCUGCUGCACCUUCCAUGGGACCGUUCAGCGCUAUGCCUCGAGUGUGCGGCAGAUCGGGCGAAUGGGGUGCCGCGAUUUUCUUGGCCAGUCCGGCGUCCGCCACCAGUGCAAGCACUGCGGCUGCAUCGCCCGCGGCGCGUCUUCGAGCGAGAGCGGCGGGGGCGACGACGACGUCGUCGGCGCUGCCUGCUCGAUCUGCGGGGGCGAGCUGGGCAGCCUUCUCAGCAGGAGGGAUCGGCAUCUGCCGCCUCAGCCUCGUCAUCUGCUAAGCAUCUAGCGAGGGAUCGCCUCGAGGCCAAUCCCUGGGCAGCGGAGGGGCCCAGCGGGUGGUUGUGCUCGUGGCCACGCGAGCGACCUCUUCGGUUUCGCUCCUGGUUGCAUGUGGUAGUGCCUCUUUCUGACCGUGCCUUCGCCAGAUAGGAGCCACAGCAGUUGUGCCAUUCCGCCGUCAGCCACAGCAUCCCGACAACAGCUUCGGGAAGAGCUGCCAGGUCACUGGAGAACCAUUCAUAUGGGAGUCCACGCUCCGCCCUGGAUCUCUCUGCGGCUAGUGCCACGAAGGUGCGUGAGAAAGGGUGGGCGGCCGCGUGCGGAUUGGACAACUUAAGCGUUGCGCGUCGCUUGCGCGGCGACGCGGUCUCUGACGGGUUGCGGGCGUGGCUCGCAGCAGGUCUUGUGUUGUAUCGAGCCAGGGGUAUAUUGGCGUGCUUCAUCGCGAAUUCAAGCUUGAUAGUGUUAUGUUGUCUGGACCAUUGAAUGCUGUGGUCGUCGUUUUCUCUGGAGUUGUAUGUAUAGAUCUUCGUUGCUUUAUGACAUUCCAGGGCACGGCGUUCUGUUUUAAAACGCGUUAUUUCCAUUAUGUGUCGUUCGGCUGUUUCACUGAUGUUCCGUUGUUGUAUAAUAAAAAGACCAUGCGUAGCAUUAGUCUUGAGAGCUCCGAGCUCAGUUUAAAUCUGCACUCGCCCGUCAAAUGAAGACCCAGUGCAGUUGCGCGCAGCCUUGUCGCAGCUUUCGCAGGCCCGUGAGCCAAAAACAAGUGGCACGCGUGCCCUGGCUCUUGCACCAACGAGCUGCGAGGGACAGGGGGCUUUCGCAUCCUUCCUCCAGGAGUUUCCUUAUGUGGCCAGGCGUGG